CAACAAACCCAGGCCCAAAAAAUGUUCAUAUCCAGAAAUCCCUAACCCUAGGCCGCAAUAUAUACCUUCACAAACAUUGUGAGCGGAUCGGCAGCCUCUGAAUUCUCCCGAGCUUCAUUUCAUCGUCUUUCUUGUUUCCUAUUCUAUCACCAUGGCGGACGUAGAACACGAUAUGGCGGCCGGGCAGCCGAAGAAGAGGACGUUCAAGAAGUUCAGUUUCAGAGGCGUCGAUCUCGAUGCACUCCUUGACAUGCCGACCGAUCAACUCGUCAAGCUCUUCAGCGCCCGUGCUCGAAGAAGGCUCGGAAGGGGUUUGACGAGGAAGCCUUUGGCUUUGAUUAAGAAGCUUCGCAAAGCGAAACUUGAGGCCCGGGCAGGAGAGAAGCCAGAGCUAGUAAAGACUCAUUUGAGGAACAUGAUUAUUGUUCCAGAGAUGAUUGGCAGUGUAAUUGGAGUUUACAAUGGCAAGACAUUCAACCAGAUUGAAGUGAAGCCAGAGAUGAUUGGGCACUAUCUGGCGGAGUUCUCCAUCUCCUACAAGCCUGUCAAGCACGGUAGGCCGGGUAUUGGUGCCACUCACUCUUCAAGGUUCAUCCCUCUCAAGUGAUGUGUCACACCCUUUAUUCUUUUACUUUUACAGACUGCUGGUUGUUGGCACUCAUGAAUCUGCUUAUUGCAUUUUGUUUUAACCUGUUUUUUCACUAUGUACUUUGUGACCUUCUAAGAAUGCUUUCUAUUCUGGCGUUAGGCUUUUUUUCUUGACUUAUAUUUGUCCUUCAUCAAUACUUUAUAGUGAUUAUUUUGGUCUUUUUUUGCCGAGGGUGAUUUGGGAGAAACCAUCUACCGAGACCAAGUAGGGAUCAAGUCUCCAUACACAAUGUGAACCAUACUUAGGCUUGUUCUAUUCGCUUCAUCUAAUUUUUUAAAGAGAAUGCUCCAAAAGAAAAAAGAAACCCUUCG